AUGAGGCUGUAUGAAGCUCUCAAUGGUGGAAAGUUGACUGUGCCGAAAACCGUCCUCAAGUUGGAGGCCGACUUGAAGAAGGAGUGGACGACGCGCGACCGCGAAGCCAAGCAAGCUUUGAAGAACCAGACCACCACCACUACCAAGGGGGGUACCAAGCGUAAGGCCACCGAUGACAACGCCCACACUGGACCGAGUAGCGCAACUGCUACCAAGAAGGCGAGGACAAUCGCUACUCCCAAACCCAAGGCUGCCCCCAAGCCACCUGCCGCCGAGCCAGCUCCCGCAAAGAAGCAGACCGCCCGUCGAGGGGGCACCUCCGCAAGCAGAGCUAACUCCCACGCUGUCUCCUCAAGGCCAUCACCACCCCCCCCCCCUGAGCCCACCAUACAACGCACAAAGCAAACCGCCCGCUGCUCCCGAGGCAGAGGCGACUCCCACAUCGCGAGCAGCUCAUCCCGCCCACUACCCGCCUCGUCAACCCCCGCUCCUCCAUCCUCCCGACAGAUCCAAACUGCCCGCCGUAACAACUGGAGCUGCCCCCUUGGCGGCCACACCAAAUCAACCAGCAACCCCUCCAAGCACAGCAGCAGCACCCCUUCCACUUGGAACUCCUACAGCAGCUCCAACCUCAACGACGACCCUCCCCCUCCCUAUCCUGGUUCACCAACCUAUGACAACUACAGCCAGUACUCCAACCCCACCGGGCAGUGCAUCCUUCCCGCCUCUCAGCCUCCUCAACGGAAACUAUGA